UCUCUGCAAACAAAUAUACUUACACAUAAAGCUUGGUACUGUAGCUUUUGUUAAAGUGGAGUAACAGUAGUUUCCCCUCUCCCCUCUUAAAUCAUUCUGUAAUCGCUCCUACUUGCUACAAUGUAAAAUCCGCAAACUUCGAACAUUCAAAAAAAAAAAAAAAAAUCAAAAAUCAGAUAUCCUCUCUUCUAAUCCACAGUGCUUGCAUACUCCGGUCUGGAACUUUGCAAAUGUGAGCAGAGCGAUAAAAACAAUCACGUCCAGUGCUGUUGGACUAAAUAUCAACACUCUUGAAACCCUAAGUUUAAAACAUAAUUGUGCUAUGAUUACAAGUGUGUCCUAUCUACCUUAUUUAUUGUAAUUCUUAUGGUGAUUCCAAUAACACGCAUCUAUGAUCGUAAUUUUCAGGAUCAGGUUUACGCUAUAAUGACUCAUAAAUCGUUUUGGGCUGUUUGUCUCAUACCCUUGCAUCAAUGAGUGGGUGAGUAUGUGUGUCCCUUGCCAGCCUCUAUUGGGAGGGUGGAGACUCCCCUUAAAGGGUCAGUGUGGGUGUGACCUUACAGUAAGUGAUCUUGGUAGGGGGCUGGACUGAAGAGGGAAAGGGAAGACCUGACGAGUGGGAUUCACUGGGAGCUGUGGUCACACACUCUUCCUUACACACCUUGGAGAAGAGAGUCUGUUUCCACCGACUGGCUGACGUCCCAAAGUAGACUUGAGGGAAAGAGGAAGGGAGGAAAAGUUUGAGGCAGUCUAGCAAACCUAGAGAGUAGUAUGUAGUGGAAGUAGGUAGUACAGGUGUAAGAUUGGUUCAAAGUAGUCAAGAAACGUUUUGAAGAGUUGCCGAAGGUUGUCCGCUGUGUCCAUUGGGUGUCUGCUGUCAUUCAAGUCUUUUUUUAGUGCUUUAUUUUUACCCUGGGACUGCAAUCUUUCACACCGGGCAAAGUGUGAGUGUGCUUCUGCUUUCUGUCUGCUAGUAAGCUUGUGUGCGUAUUCAUCAGUGUAUACUUGAAACCGAGCCAUGGCCGACACAGACUUCAAACUGGAGCGCGCCGUCUUCGCCGAAAUCUCGGAUGAUGAUGAUGAUGAUGAGGAGGUCGCCUUGGUGCCGUCUUCCACCAAACCUGCCAUCACAACCAACGUGUUCAAAUCAAAACGAGGCGAUGAUGAUGAUGACGAUGGUGACCCAGCCAAGGAGGUGGACCUGGUGUUGGGGCCGGGACUCGAUGGAGGUGGCGCUGGAGAGUCCGAGAAGUCUGAGGCCCAGGCUACUGGCAUGUUGGUCCUGGCACUCCUAGACAAAAUCAUAGGUGUGGUGGACCAGAUCCAGCACACUCAGACAGGUCUCGAGGCCAAGCAGGAGACCAUGGAGAAGAACAUGAGCAGCAUUCAGACGGAGCUGGCCAAGCUGGCGAAGAGUCACGUUGGAACGGCCGGGACGGUCAACAAGCUCCUGGACAAGGUGCGAAAGGUGAACAUCAACGUGAAGAGCGUGCGAACGGACCUGGAGAAGCAAGUGGGACAGAUCAAAAAACUAGAGAACAAUGAAAAUGAGCUCCUCAAGAGGAAGAACUUCAAAGUGCUCAUCUUCCAGGACAAAGUGAAACCGGUGAAAGCCUCUAAGAAGCCAGUGGCUGCAGAAGAGGAAGAAGAGCAGGUGCUGAGUGAAGGAGGUGAAGAAGUGGAGGGUGAGGAGAUCAUUGAGGAAUCUCGUGCUGAACGCAUCAAGCGCAGCGGCCUCCAGAAGAUGGAUGAGCUGAAGAAGGCCUUCAGCAAGGAGCAGAUGGAGAAGACAAGGCAGAAGACCAAAGAGAACCUGGAAAAAACCCGACAGAGAACGAAAGAGAACCUGGAGAAGACCAAGAAGAGCCUGAGCAAGAAGAUGGAUACGCUGGGAACAAAGAUGACCCCUGACACCCAGCGCCGCAUUAAGAUCCGUAGCUCCAGAGAGAAGAUGAAGAAGACACUGACACCCGACCACCCUGUCUACGCCCGCUCCAAAUCCACCACCUACCGUGUGGCGCCCUUCACUUUCCACGUCAAGAAGGUCCGUGGAGGUGCGAUUGAACCCACACCCGAGCCUGAGGAAGAGAAGCAGGCUGAGGAGCUCCAGGAGGAGCUUGUGGUGCAAGAAGGAGGCCUAGUGUCAAAGGUGGAGGAAGGUGAACUGGUCAAUAUUGACAGCCCAGAAAUGGAGGCCUUGCUAGAAGCAGCUGAUCACUCACGCCUGGUGUUCCAGGAGACGGUGAGGCCAAGGGAGAAGGCAGGCCAGUAAGUCCAGUAUGUUAAGCCCUGGAAAAAGCUCAACACGGGGGAAAAAAGAGUGUGGAAGUCUGGAGAUAAAUAAGGAUGAUGGGAUGUAGGGAACUGAGAUGUGUUUGAUGGAGGAAUUAAGAGCAAAAUGAAAUGGAGGAAUAAAGAGCAAACAUUUGGUUUGCUUUAUUUCUUGGUAUGUCCUCAACCCAAAGGUUGCUUAUUUUUUUUAUUAUUACUAUUUUGUUUUCAUUAAUUGUCAGUUUUUAAAAUUGACAAAUGAAGUGAUUUAUUGUCUGGAAAAAUGUAUAAUACUCAAAAAAAAGUUUCAAAGAGAGUAAUUUGAUCACUGAGACUGACUGUAAUGUACAUUUAACAUCUUCAAAACAAUUGAAUGUUAUAGUAUUUUCUGGAAAGGUGGAUGUAAGGAGGUUUGUGCUCCGGAAGACUAUUUUCAUAAACACCCUCAUGGCAUUUAGAUGUUGUUAACUUUAUAUUGAAAUGCCUAUAUUUAAUGAACACCCUGUGAUCUUUAUCAUGUGAUGUGACGGCUGCUGAUUUCAACAGUAUAAAUUAUUAGCAGGCCCUAUGCGUCUUGUUGAAUGUCUGGGCUUUGAACGAACGGUUGGAAGCAAUUGGAAGUGAAAGCUUUGAGGUACAAGCUGUUGUCAGAUGGUACUAUUGUUUUACUAUUGAGGGGAAAAUAAAUUAUAAGAUAUUAUUUAGAAAUGUAAUCAUACUGAAAAAAACUGACUAACUUUUUGUCUUUUGAAACUGAAGAUUUGAUUUAUCUCUUAGGUUAAGAACUAUGGUGAGUUGUUUUGUGAUCUGGCUACUGACGUUAAUGUGAUCCCAAACUCCAAGGCCUGGUUUCACAGACAGGGCUUAGAUUAAGCCAAGAUUAGGCCAGUUCAAUUAGGACAUCUAAGUAGCUUUUAUAAACAAAAACCUUAGAAAAAACAUUACUGGUGUGCAUCUUGAGGCAAAACAAUGGCACUGACUUUUCUGUCACUGAGGGCAAAUGUUUUAAAUGCUUCACUCUCUAAUUCAGAUUUGAUGUAAAAGACUUGCAGUUGCUGCAUUUGACAUGCAUAAUUUGAUAUUAGCUGUAGAAACCUGUAAAAUCAAGCAGAAUUUCAGUCUCUGAAAAGUUUGCAUUUGACAAUUCAGUUUUAUUUAUCCUGAAGUGAAAUAAUUUGACUCUUUACCUUGUUUGUACAUAUAACCUUUAUCAUGCUUAAAGCAAGAUUGGUUUGUUUUUUUGUCUUUCAUAUAAAGGUACACACAAAUACAAUAUCAGGUAAACCGGAGCUUAUAUGGGUUACAAAAAAAGUAAACUGAUGUGAUUACUGACAUGAUCUAUCCAAGAAGUAAUUCAGAUCACUGAAGUAAAUUGAAAUAUAUCAUGUUAAUAUUCAAUAUUUGAAUAUUCAGAUCAGUCUCUGAUCUUUCAUUGUACUUUAAGUGCCCUUAUGUCAGAUAAUCAACCUACAUUAUCGCAUAAAUAGUCUAAUUUUUAAAACAAUACACUGAAAGCACGCAUUUUGUAUCAUGCUAUUUAUGAUCUCAUGUUAUGAAAAUACACAGCUAUUGCAGUGUUCAUUGCACAUAUGGGCAGUAGUUUACAAGGUGUGAUGGUCUGAAUGAAGCUACUUACUGGCUCUACUGUUGUCCUUGUGAGAUUUGUGGCUGUAUAAAUGGAUUGGGUGUAGGUUGCUUUUAAUAAACAAAUAAAAGUGU